AUGUCCAACAAUUCUGCCUACCCAACAGCUGUGGUGUUUGACCUAGACUACACGCUAUGGCCAUGCUGGUGCGACACUCACAUAUCACCACCCCUAAAAUCACUUUCACAUAACCAAGUUGUUGAUUCACUGGGCACAAAACUAUCUUUCUACCCGCACGUAGAGUCAAUAAUACUAGAACUUGUGGCAAGUAACGUCACCAUAAUUGCAGCCAGUCGAACAGCAACACCUCAAGUUGCUAAGAAAUUACUCACUCUACUUCACAUCAACAACAAGCUGGCCAUUCAUUAUUUUGAUGCUUUGGAAUGGGGACAGGGAUCCAAGACUAAGCAUAUCAAGCUUGCAGCAAAACAAUUGGGGUUGCUCAAAGAAUUGGAACAAGGGGAGUUUAUUUUGUUUGACGAUGAGUUGAGAAAUAGAGAUGUUGCUAGUGUAAAUUGUCAUUUUGUUCAUGUCCCCAAUGAAUCAUUAGGAUUGACCAAAACUAUCUUUGACAAGGGUUUACAAUCUUGGAGGGGCAAGCAAAACAAGCAAAAAGGAAACAGCCAAACAUCUGAUGUAUACAAUGAUUAUUACAGAACUUGA